CAUUGGGGCAGUUGUCAGCGUGCUAAGGAGGUGUGUUUCUGGAGACCAUUAAUCAUCGGAUAGGCUGGUGUGUAAUCUGGAGAUAUGUAAUAGAGAUGCUUUAAUCUGCUAGUCACAUAUCAGUAUAUAUCUGGAUGUGCCGAUAUAAAUUUCCACGCUGUUUUCAAGUAUGGCUCAUUGAGCCCCACGAUCGACCAAGCACCCUUUGUCAGUGACGUGAGAAGGAAAAUGGCCAUGUGGAAUUGUGAAGUUUGAAUUUUUUGCUGAUUUUGUUUAGGAAGUGCUUGAAUUUUUUUUUUAUUUUCCUGAAAGGAGAAGGUGAAUACCGAACAGCAUUCAAGGUCUGAAGGGUACAUAUAUGAGCUGCAUGUGAGCUGUAUAGAGGUUAUGUUUUGAUGACAGUAAGAAAAGAAGAGAAAAAAAGUUAUUGUGAAACGAGUCUCCAGCGUUGUCAGACAGCUGAGUUCCAUCUCACGAGAAGAGAAAUCUGCUGUCAGUAAGCCAGACAAAGGUCCUGAAACUUUUGCCCAAAACCAGCUAGGAUUUUUAGCGGAGUUGGAAGUUAUUUAACAGCAGUGUUGUGAUGAGGAUGUGCAGACUGGGGCCAGCAGGUGUUACCAUGGAGUUUGUCUACAUCUGUGUCCUAACUCUAGUCGGAAGUUACUUACAGUUCGCAAAGGCAGACAGGUGUGAUGUGUGCCGUCGUAACAGCCGAGCCUGCCAGGUGGUGCGUGGGGAGUUCACAAAGUCUAAGUUACCUGGUGGCUAUAACUACAUCAGGCAGAUACCUGCUGGAGUCUGUAAUAUCAAUAUUACAGAGCUGGGGCCCAGCAGCAACUAUAUUGCUUUAAAAACAGUAAGCGGAGGUGAUAUUUUAAAUUCGCAGUGGGCGAUCACAUCGCCUGGGGUGUACCACAGAGCAGGGACAAUAUUUAAGUAUGGCCGCACCCGCGACAGAAACUGCCCUGGAGAGUGCGUCUUGGCAUUGGGCCCAACAAAUGAAACUAUUGAAUUUCAGUUGUUGACGUAUCACACAAAUCCAGGUUUCGUGUAUGAGUACCAGCUGCCAGGAACAAGAUGGAGUGCCCCUAAAAAGCAUAAUGGAGGACAUCGUCAAGGAAACCAUAGGCGGAAGCAUCAUAGACGACAUUCACACAAGAGACGACAUGAAACGGUGGUCUCUAGGCAAGACUCUGUUAGUGAAGCGCAGACAUAUGCUACUGUUCUCAAAUCUUAUCCAAGAACAUACUCCAGAAACUAUGACAGAACUGUUGUGAGAAAUGUACAUAGUGGGUUCAAACCCAAAAAUACAAGUGUUCCUCAGUUGUCUUAUGCUCAUGGAGCAUCUUCACAUGUAGAACAACAUUCUGGUAAAACCAGUGGGUUUGCAGGGUUUCAAGAAGCUAAAACUUUUUCUAAAGCAUUUCCAAGGUCCACAAGCCCACCAGCAAGGUCACCAGCAAGGUCACCAGCAAGGUCACAUCGGCAGAUAGUUCAUAGACAUCAGCCAGAGUCAUCACACAGAGGGAAUACCCAUAGGAGAAGUGAGCACAUACCAAGUUAUGUCAGUCGGAAACAUUCACCGAGGUACCAGGCUUUGACCUUGUCAGAAACAGCAGAGAGCACAGGUCAAGGUCAUUACACGGAAGACAAAGGUCAUCGGGAACAGUGGAGGCAUCAUUCUGGAGCAUACACGCCAAGCAGAACAGCUAUUCCAGCAAGAAGAUAUUUGCCAAAUCCAGGACAGCCUAGUGCCGGUAACCAAGACGGGAUUCCAGGAUCUUAUGUUCCCUAUCAAGAAAAUCUUCACAUUGGCUCGAGACAUGCCACUUCUGAGUCUCCGUCUGGUGUACCAGAUUGGGAACGGAGGCGACUUUAUAAACCCUCUGUCAAAACCAGCCAGCAUGUGUUCAGUGAGUAUCCACAACUUCGUGUUCGCGAAGGACCCAAGUAUGUGUCUCCAUACGGCGAAGAUUUGCCGUAUGGUCAGGUGCAAUCAUUGACCAAUAAGGAGGUAGAACAGCAGCGAGUCAGGUUGCCACAGGAGCCAAACACCUUCCUCACAUCCAAUCAGGCUCUACCAGUUGAUGGUGUUCCAGCGGAAAACCGUGGUGGGCAGAACCAACCAUUCCUACCAGAUACGAACAGGCAUGUUAUCUCCCCUGACUUGACAGGUACAGAGUACAUUGAAAGAGGGGAAGCUCGAACGAUUAGAUAUUCAUGGCGGAUUCAGGGAUUCACAAACUGUUCACAAGAAUGUGGAGGCGGUGUCCAAGACACUGUGAUAAUCUGCGUUAAGGGGAACUCAGAGGCAACGGUGACAGAGGACAACUGUGAUGCUCGGAUAAAACCUAAACCGCAGCAGGUGGAAUGUAAUCCCAGACCAUGUCCCCCGCAGUGGGAGACAGGUGAGUGGUCUGAAUGUAGCACUACAUGUGGGCAAGGGCUACAGCGCCGUCGAGUUGAGUGCAAAAAGCGAAUUUCCGCAGUACUGCAGAUCAGCGUGUCGGCCAAAAGGUGCUCCAGCUCGGCCAAACCGUCCAUAGUCCAGCAGUGUCAGACUGCAGCAUGUGCCCACUGGCAUACUGGGGACUGGGGUCAGUGCUCUGUGAAGUGUGGUAAAGGGGAGAGACAUCGGCGAGUGUCUUGUGUGGAUGGGAACAAUAACCCUGUCCCUGAGGACCACUGUAAAGACACCCGCCCCAGCACCCAGGAGACCUGUCACCGUGGGUCCUGUAGUAGACAUUGGUACUAUACAGACUGGACAGACUCAUGUUCGACAGACUGUGGUGUUGGGGUGAUCAGCAGACAGGUGCUCUGUCUGUCCAAGGACGGAAAUGUUCUAAAGCCCAAGAGAUGUGAACGAUACAACAAGCCGGAUUCACAAAAGUCAUGUGACGUCAGUAGAGCGUGCGGCGGACAGUGGUUUGUGGGACCGUGGAAAAAGUGUUCAACAUUGUGUGGCAAGGGAGUGACAACAAGGGAGGUAAUUUGCAUGAAGAAUGAAAACUCUGACAUAUCCAGACCUGUGGCGGAUAGUGAGUGUGAUGAUAAGGAUGAACCUCCCCGAGAGAAACCCUGUGAGGGUGUGGAAUGUGGUGUUCAGUGGUACAUGACAGAUUGGUCUGCGUGCUCGGUUACCUGUGGUAGCGGCUAUCAGACGAGGGAGGUGAGGUGUCUAGACAGAGGGCUGGAGGUGAGCUCUCAGUGUAAGGGGCGGGAGAGGCCAGAAGCCAAGAAAUCAUGCUUGCAGCCAGACUGCAAAAAAGUCGCACAAACCAGGGUUCCAGGCUGUAAGGACAAACUUCCUAACUGUAUUGUGGUGGCACAAGCUCGACUCUGCAGAUACAAGUUCUACAAAUCUGUAUGUUGCGAGACCUGCACAAAGUCACACCACUAACAUCAACGACCUUUCAGAUGCGAGAUGACCUUGAGAAAAUAACCUUCCCAUAUGAUGGACAGGAAGAUUUGUGUGGUGUUGGGACAAGUGACUUGAUUUUUGUACAGCAGGGGUGGUGAAGGGUCCUUGUUCCCUGAUCAUGUUAUACUCACAUACACAGACGUCUUUUUAACUCUAGGGAUUCAGUGUCAAUUUUCUUGUGUGGAAACCUAGAGGACUUUAUGGGAACUGAAAAGCCUGAGUAUUUACUAUUCCCUGGCAAUUUUAACUCUGGACAUGGUUGUUACCAUUGAUAUUUUCAGAAGCCUGUUUCUGUUUUAGAACUUUUUGAGUGGUUAUUUAAUAAAUGAUCUGAAAUUGUGUUGUCUGAAGUAUUUGGAAAUCGGCUGUUGUAGAAAACACUUAUAGAAAGUGUUUCACUUGCCUGAGACAGGAACAUUACAUUUCUUUUAAUUUAAAGUACAUUUUGUAUGUAAUGCUGUAUGUCGUACCUUUCUGUUGUUGUGUUAUUUAGUGCUUCAUACCAGUUCUGAAACUUUUUUUCAACACUCUGCCGGCUUUCUCUUUUUACAUGAGGUCAGUAAAAUUCUUGUCCAAAUUUUAAAAGCGGUAGAUCAGCACUUUCACUUUACACAUGUACAAAAGCUGCCUGGAUCCCAGAAACUCUAAAUUUAGCCACUGGUAUUAAUCACUGAGCAUUUGUGGAUUGUUUAUGUAGACCUUUUCAGACGGAGUCUGGAAGGAAACUUUUUGCAGGCUUUGGGCAUUGGUGAAGAUAACUCUGUGUAGGAUACACAUUGGCAUGCCUACCAGUGGUUUGCUUGUGUUGUGCAACUUGAUCGUGUAACAUUGAGAAAAUGUUCUAGUUGACAGGUACAAUACUCAGUGUUAUUGAGUAUUUCAGCGAGUGUUUGUACCUUUUAGUCUGGUUGUUUCUGUAAAUAGCUGUAAUGCUUUUGUUGUUAUUUUUUAUUUUAGCUGGUAAUGUUUAUAGAAUAACAUGAGUAAUGGCAGUAUGUUUUUUUUUUAUGCUUUUCCCUCGUAAUGACCCGGUGCAUUUAUACCUCAAGUUUUGUUUACUUUUUUUUUUGCAUGCUGUACAGAUUAUUUAGGUGUGAUGGAAUAAUUCUUCAUUGAACAUAAAAUGCAGGCAGAAAAAAUAUGGAUUAUUUCUCCAACUAUAAGCAUUAUUUGGUUAUGCUAAGUAUAAUUUUCAGGAUGACAACAUGUAAUGACAUAGAGUUCUUAUCCUCCUCGUCAGUAAUGUACAAUGAACUAUGAAUAUAAUUGUUAUGAAUGUAAUCUUUUCCAUUAUGCUAGGUUUGUUUUUAAUGACAAAAUCAGUUUUAGCGCACUGUUAAACUGAGUUUUGUCAGGCAUAGAUGGUCAAGAUGGAGAUUUUUGCACUAGAACGAUUUUGUUAGAUGUUUGUAAGAAGGAAAACGUUUUUUUUUGUGUCCAGCCCAUUAUAAAUUCAGCUUCACUGCCAUCCAGAAGUUAGAACAGCAUGAUUGACAUGUUACUGGUCUUUUAUGAACAAUAGGGGAGAUUCGAGUUCGUACUCUUUUAUCGAUGAAGGUAGAACAAGUCCAGCUGUAUGAUGUGACGUGUCAAAAUGUUAGGCAACUAUUUUUGAUCACAUUCACUAUUACAUGCACAUCAGGAAAAAGUGUCAUAAAAAGUAAUUUAGAGUAGACGAAUGAUGGAGAAAAGUGAGAAUCUGAACGUUUGUGAACUUAAGAAGUUCGUAAUAGAAAGAGGUGUCAUUUGUGCCUCUGGAAUAGGGUGAGACAGGUGAUCAGUAAAUUAAUGUCAUCGAAGGUUGCCUAACAUUUUUCACACGUCACACCACAGUAGAAUCGUUUUUACUUUUGAGGACAAAAGAGUUCCAAUUCGAAACUCCCCAAUUACAGUGGAUUUACGGUUCUACAUGUUGCUAUUCCUAAUUUGUAAACAGGUGGUCUAGAAAUGGAAAAUAAUAGCCUGGCAAGAUUAGCUUUCUGAUACAUGCUUACAUCACUUUAGGGCUGAGGGGUUCUAUUCUGUUCCCAUGUCAGUACACAUUUAGCUCUUUCUACAGGUUAUGUCUGAAGUUGUUGGCAUUGACUCAUCAGGAGGUACGAUUACUUUUUUCUAUUUGUCUAAUUUGAUUCAUUUAUAGAACUCUUUAAAUACUUGUAAGUAAUAAGUACAAUAGUGUACCAAAGUACAAAGCGGAAGGUAAAUAAAUAUCAGGACUGGGGUGGUUUAAUGACUCAUGAGCUGUAUUUAUUUAGUCUUUCAUUUUGAACUAUCAACAUAAAUUCCGAAAAAAUUGCCCGUUUGGAAGCUUUUCAAAACUUGCCAGGGUGCCACUUUGUUAUAUUCACCCAGAUCAGACGGAUGCCAAAAAUGUAAGUAUACGUUGACCUUGUUAAAAGUAAGUCUCCUUGUAAUUGUAAUCCUUCAACAUUUUCGAUUACGAUUUUGGAUGUGAAGUGAAAGUUUGGUCAGAUGGCUACUUCGACGUCUUUACGAGUGGUAUAUCUAAAAUGCUGCUAUGGCUAUGAGCGCCAGGCAGGAUAUACAGGCGAAAACGUGUUUACAGUAGUAAAUAGUCCUGUUACAAAAUCCUGCCGGUAGUUACUAGCUCUGUUACAUGCCGAAUGUCGCAGUUUUUCUUACCUGUACGUGUACUGAAUAAAUUUUGUAAUAAAACUGAUGAAAACGA